GAUUUUUGGUCGUCGUUGUUCUCAAGAUCUGAGGUUUUCUGGAAUCUCAAAUCGGCGAUUUACAGCGAGAAGUGAGCUGGUGGAAAGAGGUGCCGGAGUAGAUGGCGAUCAUAUUUGCGUUGGUGGCUCGUGGAACGGUGGUGUUAUCGGAGUUUAGCGCUACUUCGACUAACGCUAGCUCAAUCGCGAAGCAGAUUUUGGAGAAAUUGCCUGGAAACGAUAGCGAUAGCCAUAUGUCUUACUCUCAGGAUCGGUACAUCUUCCAUGUGAAACGAACCGAUGGUCUUACCGUUCUCUGUAUGGCCGAUGAAACCGCCGGAAGGAAUAUUCCGUUUGCGUUUUUGGAUGAUAUUCAUCAGAGAUUUGUGAGAACUUAUGGCCGUGCGAUUCAUUCAGCUCAAGCUUAUUCCAUGAAUGAUGAAUUUUCAAGAGUUGUGAGUCAACAGAUGGAAUACUAUUCCAAUGAUCCAAAUGCAGACAGGUUGAGCAGAAUUAAAGGUGAAAUGACUCAGGUUCGAAAUGUGAUGAUUGAGAAUAUUGAUAAAGUCUUGGAUAGAGGGGAGCGUUUGGAGUUGCUGGUUGAUAAAACCGAAAAUAUGCAAGGCAACACUUUUCGUUUUAGAAAGCAAGCUCGCCGUUACAGAACCAUUAUGUGGUGGAGGAAUGUCAAGCUUACGAUUGCUCUGAUACUUGUACUCGCUUUGGUUGUAUACAUUGCGAUGGCCUUUGUUUGCCAUGGGCCAAGUCUUCCUUCAUGUUUCAAGUAAGAAUACAUUCUCUUAUCCUUCACAUUUCCCUUCUUGGGAAUUUAUCAGACUGUUUCCAUUUUGAAAUGUGAGCUAUGCUUUGUGUAAAAUGUGUGUUUAUGUGCUCUUUCAAUCAUCAGUUUCUACAUAUUGCUUUGAAUUAGAGAAUUAAUCGUUUAUUUGUAAGUGUGAUAUUUCACUGUUAAUUAUCAUCCCCUGUCUGUUUACAAUUUAUGCUGCGGCGUUAAGGUUAUUAAACGAUGACGUUUUUU